CCCUCCCUCCCUCCCUCCCUCCCCUCUCUCUCUCUCUCCUCUCUCUCCCUCGCUCGAUCCGCCGCUCACUUCUGUCUCAAUAUGUCUCAAGAUGGCGGCCAAUGUGGGAUCGAUGUUUCAAUAUUGGAAGCGCUUUGAUUUACAGCAGCUGCAGGUCAGGCUCCGGGGUCCGCUCGCGGAGGGAGCUUGAUGCCACAGCGACAGUGUUGGCAAACCGCCAAGAUGAAAGUGAACAAUCAAGAAAGAAGCUUAUUGAACAAAGCCGUGAGUUCAAGAAAAACACUCCAGAGGACCUGCGCAAACAGGUAGCUCCACUACUGAAAAGUUUCCAGGGCGAGAUUGAUGCUUUGGGCAAAAGAAGCAAAGAAGCCGAGGCAGCAUUCUUGAAUGUCUACAAGAGAUUAAUUGAUGUUCCAGAUCCCGUACCAGCUCUGGAUCUGGGGCAGCAGCUCCAGCUGAAAGUCCAGCGCAUGCACGAUAUUGAAACAGAGAACCAGAAACUUAGAGAAACGCUUGAGGAGUACAACAAAGAAUUUGCAGAAGUGAAAAAUCAAGAGGUGACAAUAAAAGCACUUAAAGAGAAAAUCCGGGAAUAUGAGCAGACCCUGAAGAACCAAGCGGAGAACAUUGCUCUUGAAAAGGAACAAAAGUUGCAGAAUGACUUUGCUGAGAAAGAAAGAAUGUUGCAAGAGACGCAGGUUUCGACAGCCUCAAAGCUGGAGGAGGCUGAGCACAAAGUGCAAACGUUGCAAACAGCCUUGGAAAAGACACGGACAGAGUUAUUUGACCUGAAGACAAAAUAUGAUGAGGAAACAACGGCAAAGUCUGAUGAAAUUGAGAUUAUCAUGACAGACCUUGAAAGAGCAAAUCAGAGAGCAGAGGUAGCUCAAAGAGAAGCCGAAUCCCUGAGGGAGCAGCUCUCAUCCGCUAACAAAUCUCUCCAGCUAGCUACUCAGAUCCAGAAAGCACCCGAUGUGGAGCAGGCCAUCGAGGUGCUGACAAGAUCCAGCUUGGAAGUAGAACUUGCUGCAAAAGAGCGUGAAAUCGCUCAGCUGGUAGAAGAUGUGCAGAGACUCCAAGGCAGCCUCACCAAGCUCCGGGAAAACUCCACCAGCCAGAUCUCUCAGCUUGAGCAGCAGCUGACCGCCAAGAACAGCACACUCAAACAACUGGAAGAAAAAUUGAAGGUGCAAGCUGACUAUGACGAGGUUAAGAAAGAAUUAAACAUCUUGAAGUCCAUGGAGUUUGCACCCUCUGAUGGCUCCAGCACACAGGAUGCUGCAUCCAAACCGCUGGAAGUCCUGCUGCUGGAAAAGAACCGCCUGCUACAAUCGGAGAACGCCACGCUCCGUAUCACAAACAGUGACCUGAGCGGGUCAGCCAGGAGAAAAGGGAAAGACCAGCCUGAGAGUCAGCGUCCUGCAACCUUGCCGGCCUCCCCUCCUCCUCAGUUGCCCCGCAAUGCAGGGGAGCAGGCUUCCAAUACUAAUGGUACACAUCAGUUCUCACCAACGGGUUUAAGUCAAGACUUUUUCAGCUCAUCCUUGGCAAGCUCCGGCUUACCCCUGGCUUCUACAGGAAAAUUUGCACUAAACUCUCUCCUCCAGCGCCAGCUUAUGCAGUCCUUCUACUCCAAGGCAAUGCAGGAAGCAGGAAGCACAAGCAUGAUUUUUUCAGCAGGUCCCUACAGCACAAACUCCAUAUCUUCCCAAAGCCCCUUGCAACAAAGCCCGGAUGUCAACGGCAUGGCCCCGUCCCCCAGCCAGUCCGAAAGCACUGGCAGCGCCUCGGAAGGCGAGGAGAUUGACACGGCCGAAAUUGCACGUCAGGUCAAAGAGCAGUUGAUCAAGCACAAUAUUGGACAGCGGAUCUUUGGACACUAUGUCUUGGGGCUCUCGCAAGGCUCCGUCAGCGAGAUCCUGGCUCGGCCCAAGCCUUGGAACAAGCUCACGGUGAGAGGCAAGGAACCAUUCCACAAGAUGAAGCAGUUCCUGUCGGACGAGCAGAACAUCUUGGCGUUGCGCAGCAUCCAGGGAAGGCAAAGAGAGAAUCCAGGCCAGAACCUGAACAGGCUAUUUCAGGAAGUACCGAAACGAAGAAAUGGGUCGGAAGGUAACAUCACCACAAGAAUCCGAGCCACAGAGGCAGGCUCUGAUGAAGCUAUCAAAUCCAUCCUAGAGCAAGCAAAAAGGGAGCUGCAGGUACAGAAAACAGCUGAGCCGGCUCAGCCACCUUCCACCUCGAGCACUGGUGGAUCCGACGAUGCCAUCCGCUCCAUUCUGCAGCAAGCCCGGCGAGAGAUGGAAGCGCAGCAGGCCGCCCUCGAACCUGCCUUAAAAGCAACCCCUCUGUCCCAAGCCGAGAUCUCCAUCUUGUCCCCAAAACUGGUCCCCGCGCCCGCCAUUUCUUCGGUCGCCAGUUAUUCCCCCCUGGCCAUGUCCUUGAAGAAGCACUCGUCAUCUGUGGAUUCCAGCAUCUCCUCCCUGCAGACUCUCUCUGGUCUGAAGAAGGAGGUUCAAGAGACCCCCAUCCUGGACCUCCACGGGAUGUCUGAUUCAACGCAAGGGGUGCUGAGGCACGUUAAAAAUGAACUGGGGCGCAGCGGGGUGUGGAAGGACCACUGGUGGAACACUGUGCAGCCUGACAGAAGGAAUGCCGCCCCUCCAGAUGACCCCAAAGUGGAGGAAACCACCAGCGGGAAGGAGAAGGCCAGCAGCCAAUCUCGGUCAGACCGUAACCAGCAGCUUCAAGGGCCUUCCUCUUCGGACUACUGGAAAGAGUGGCCCAACGCGGAGUCACCCUAUUCCCAGAGCUCUGAACUAAGUGUGACAGGGGCGAGCCGCAGUGAGACGCCGCAGAACAGCCCCCUCCCUUCCUCCCCCAUUGUCUCUUUAGCAAAGCCAUCUAAACCUUCCGUUCCUCCAUUGACCCCCGAGCAGUAUGAGAUUUAUAUGUACCAGGAAGUGGAUACAAUAGAGCUAACCCGUCAGGUCAAAGAGAAGCUAGCGAAGAACGGCAUCUGCCAAAGGAUAUUUGGGGAAAAGGUGCUGGGCCUCUCCCAGGGCAGCGUCAGUGACAUGCUGUCCCGGCCAAAGCCAUGGAGCAAGUUGACGCAGAAAGGCCGCGAGCCAUUCAUCCGCAUGCAGCUCUGGCUAAACGGUGAACUGGGGCAGGGAGUCUUGCCAUCCCAAGGGCAGCCCCAAGGCCAGGUUCUUCACUCUGUGUCAUCACUGCAAGAUUCCCUUCAGCAGGGAUGCGCAAGCUCAGAAAGCACCCCAAAGACAUCUGCCAGUUGCAGUCCUGCUCCUGAGUCCCCUAUGAGCUCCAGCGAAUCUGUGAAGAGCCUUACGGAACUGGUCCAGCAGCCGUGUCCUGCCAUAGAGACAAGUAAGGAGGGCAAGCUGCAGGAGUCGAGUGAGGCGUCUGCUUCAGAGUCGCAGUCCACAACGCCAUUGCCCCUCUCUGGCCAUUCAUCACUCAGCAUUCAAGAAUUGGUCGCUAUGUCACCAGAACUGGAUACCUACGGCAUCACAAAGCGGGUCAAAGAGGUGCUCACAGACAACAACCUGGCGUGGCUGACAAGCCUAAAACGCAGCAGAAGAGGCAAGAAAUGUACCCCAAACCUUGCAUUAGGUCAGCGUCUGUUUGGGGAGACAAUCCUGGGGCUAACACAAGGUUCAGUCUCAGAUCUGCUGGCGCGUCCCAAGCCCUGGCACAAGCUGAGCUUGAAGGGCCGGGAGCCGUUUGUUCGCAUGCAGCUAUGGCUCAACGAUCCCAACAACGUGGAGAAGUUGAUGGACAUGAAACGCAUGGAAAAGAAAGCGUACAUGAAACGAAGGCACAGCUCGGUCAGCGACAGCCAGCCUUCAGAGUCUUCUUCGGCAGGCAUCGAUUACAGCCAGGGGGCCAGUCCACAGCCGCAGCAUCAGCUAAAGAAGCCGCGAGUCGUGUUGGCCCCAGAAGAGAAAGAAGCUCUGAAGCGAGCCUAUCAGCAAAAGCCAUACCCAUCACCAAAAACCAUUGAGGAGCUCGCCACACAGCUCAACUUGAAGACCAGCACCGUCAUUAAUUGGUUCCACAAUUACAGGUCUCGCAUUCGCCGAGAGCUCUUUAUCGAAGAAAUCCAAGCAGGAGGCCAGAGCCAGGCUGGGUCCAGCGACUCUCCUUCAGCCAGAAGCAGCCGGGCAGUUCACAGCUCCGAAGGAGACAGUUGUGAUGGGGUGGACACGGAGGGCCCGCCCGACGGGAAGCCGGCUGGAAGUCGCCUGGAAGCCGACGAGUACAGCAGCAACACAACCACAAAGUCUCAGGGAGGGCGAGCAGCGUCAGCUUUCAAUGCAGGGGAAGAGGCACUGCGAGACGCCGGAUCUUCGGAGAAGACAGAGACAUUCCACUUGGGGACGGAGAGCCUGGACGACACCGACGAUGAGGGGAGGCUCCGAGCGCCGCGUCUGAGUUCUCCGCCGGGCUCCCUACAUUCAGGAGAAACUCUGGAGACGACGCCAAACUCUGCUCCAGAAGAGGAUGCCUCUACCUCAACUGCCUCCACCUUGCUCCUUACAGGGGAGAGCUCCUGCAAGGCCGCAGGGGAACGUGUGGAGAAAAUUCCCAUUGUGCCAAGUACCAGCUCCACGCCAGCCACCAACUCCCUCCAGACCCUGUUCGGCUUCUCCGAGGCGGUUUGCUCGAAGAACACGCGGGACAACACCUUGAGGAAAAAGAAGGCAGCGAAUUUGAACAGCAUAAUCCACCGCCUAGAGAAGGCCGCAAGUCGAGAGGAGCCCGUGGAGUGGGAGUUUUGAGAUUAAGCUCACCCAACUCUGAGGAGCUGGGGAAGUAAAACAAAAAACACACACACACAAAAAACACUUGGACCUCUUCUGGUUUUAAUUGUGUCCCGCACUUACAGCCCUGCAGGCCACGGGGCAAAAAUGCCAUAGGCCAAGGUGCAUAUAGAGAACGAAAGGAGCGUUUCAGCCCAGUUUUAUGUUUGUGUUUUCAAGGACGAAAACUGAAAAUCUGUAGUCGAGCUUUUUGUACCCCGAAGUGUUUCUAUUAAUUGCCCUAAAGUGAUUUUCCACAGUUUCUGGGGAAGAAAAAAAAACUCAUACAGCUUUUGCCUUCUGCCCUCCUCUUUGGUGUGGGCUUUAAAACAAAAAAAAAUUAUAUACAAACAAGAAGAAGAAAAAUUUAAACCCACAUAUUUAAAAGGGGGGCUUUUUAUCCGCCAUCUAAUGGCUAAACAGAGCGAUAAUAAUACACUAUUAUCUUCUUUAAGCAGGAAAACCGAAAAAAGAUGGAAGGGGAGAUUUUUUGAGAAAAAGAAAAAAAAGGUUUUUUGUAGCUGUUCAGUUGCCACUAAGAGAUUGCACAGUCAACCCGACUCUAAACACACUAGUUUGAAUUCCUAAAUAUUUUCAAGAAAAGAAUAUUGUUUAAAACUUGGGAUUUAAAAAAAAUACACAUUUACUCCUCGUAUUUUUUAAACAAAAGAGAAAAGUCACAUCAGGAAAAUAUCUUAAUUUGUGGUAGCUGACUUCAGUGUUUUUCUUGUAAAGUGGAAUAGAGAAUUGACUUGUAGUGCACAUCGUUUCAUAGCUUUAACCAAUUCUGGUCUCUUUAUGGGCUGGGAUUUGUUUAAUACACUCCAUUUUAGGCCAAAUCAGGACAGAAAAAGGAAGAAAUCUGAAGAAAAAAAUCUGAAAUCUAGGUAUUUUAUAAUCUGCUUUUUAACCUCUAACCACAGAGCACGCAGAUCAGACCUCAUUUCUAGGAGGUGUGGGAGACAGCUUGGAAUGGGUACUUGAUCGGAUCAGUUUGAAUUGCGUCAUGCCAGCCUUGCAAAUCAGUUCCAAGUCCUCAGCCUGCCUAGUCACACAUGCCUACAUUAGUCAUUUGCGCCCUAUGGGAAAAGAACCACCAGCUUUUGAAAGAAAUUAGCUCACUUGGUUGCAGACAGGUGGGUGUCAUAAUGAGCCUACGUUAUACGUAGUACCUUGGCAGGGUGGUGGUGUUGACUAGAAGGAUGGAAGCGUUUGGCUGAUACCACUUUGGGAAGUGUCGAGGUGCAUCUUGCAGUGAGAAGCACUUAGAACAUGAGUGGAAAGCCUGUAGCCCUUGAGUUGAUGUUUGACUACAACUCCCACCAACCCUGUCCAUUGACCAUGCCAGGUGGGGCUGAUGGGAGUCCAGCAACAUCUGAAGGGCAAUGGGUUCCCCACUCCUGACUUACAAUGAGCUGUCUUGAUGGCAGGCGGUGAGAUCAGUCACUGGGCACUUUCUUGUUCUCACAUCCCACUAAGAUAGAAAAGGACCUUUCAGCACCCUUAACUAAUUGGUUAAUCACUGGCUGUGGUCCUACAGCAAGCACUGAUUUCUCUUUUAAGUUUCAGUUGUGGGAUUACCAUUAUUAUUAUUACCAUCCUUUUAUGGCGGGGCGUGUCCUCAUUAACAAAAAGAGGAAAGGCUUGCAGGAAGAGCCCGUGGCAUUCGGUAAUCACAACGAAAACCACGGAACACCUAACCAAGACAUGCUCAGAGGCAUGGCGCCCAUCGCAAUUGUCAGCUCCUCCACUUGUUUUGCAAAAGCUGCAAGGCCGAUCAAAGUACAAAAUCAAAUUUCCAAAUUGUCUCUGACGCCUCCUGUUGUCUAUGUGUAUAUGCGUGAGCAUAGAGCCGUGUGGAAAGCCGAGUGUGUGCGUGAGUGUGUGUGCAAUUUUAUACGUCUGUAUUUUCUUACGUACUUCUUGCACGCAUAGAGUGCAUUACUGCCACCUUUUUUCAAUAAGCUGUUUUAUCAGUUACGGCUUCUACAAGUUUGCUGAUUUAGACUCCUUUAUUGCCAUAUCUUUAAAACUAACGAUAGACAAUUUCGGUAUAUAUAUAUUAUUUUUGCUUAUUUAUAGGUGCUGUAUUUUAUUAUCUGAUUGUUAGGGAUGAAAGGGGGCAAAUAUUCUUUAGAGGGAUAGACUGCCGGCAGUAUUGGGUAUAAUUUACAAGAUGUAGUUGUCAUACUGUAUAUUAUUGACAGACUUUUUCUUUUCUUUUCUUUCGUUUUUUUGGGUCCGUAUUGUGUAUCAUGGAAAACUUUGUCUUAGGUCAACAUCUUUUGAUGACACUUUAAUGGUGCAUUCAUUGCUUCUUAAGUUCUAAUUAAUAUUUUUUUCUUUGUGAUAUGGGGAGGGGGGGAGGUAUUCUGAGUUUUAAAAAUGUGUUCCCAACAUUACACCUCAACAUGCUUGAAGUUCAUUAGAAAUUGAUAUGGGGGGAGGGGCUAUAAGAUGUGAAACCACCUUCCUUGCACGUGUUUUCUUUUAAAAAGGCAAUUGUGUAUUUUGGAGUCUCUCUUCAAGGAUUGACAGCAGCACUUAGUUCAGAUCUUCUCAAAUUUAAAUGUUUGGUAGCUUUAAAAGAAAAAAAAUGCCUUUUCAUGGCCCAGGACGAAGGCUCUAGGAGGCUGCAAGGCAGGCUUGCUUCUUGCUGUUAAUUUUAUAAUUUCAUAAGCGUUUUGAGGGUCCGAAUGUUGGAGCUGGAGGUCCACCGACAGCUCCUGGUUUGUUCCAUGAUGAUCUGAGGAGACGUAUUUGCAAAAAUUGUGGCUGAUAUGAGAAUCUGGGCAGCAGAGAAAGCCCAGCUGUUCCAGAAGAAAAUCUGGAGAAGUAAAUAAGCGCUGGUGAUUCUUGACGUGGGCAUAAUCACCCUUUCCUAGCAGAUAAACCUUCUGCUGUUGGCACAUACAUGAAGGCUGUGGUACAGCGGCUCUUAACAUAUGCAUGGAAUUUUGCGUAAGCAUAUCAGAGUGGGACUCGUGACUAAGGGGUUGCUCGGCAUCUGACGUGAGAAUUCCCCACUUGCUUCUCAAAACAGGAUCUGCUUCUCUUUUUCAAAUCUUCCUGCCAGCUUACCCCGCUUCACUUUUAUCAGGGCCAAGCGUCUGAGUCGAUGAAGGAAUCCAUUCUUGCCUUCAGAUGUUUGUAUCUUUUCUUACAGCAAUAGAUCUCCCCUUCUGUUGUUUCCUCCCCUCCCAGAUAGAUAUGAGGAUGCUUGCUGCCGUCAGGGCCCCAUGAUUUGAUGCCUCCCCAUGGAAACCUGCAUCCCAUAACGUUGUUACUGUACUUGUGUGGUUUAGAGCAUGCCCUAGCCGAGCAGUCAGAGUUCUGCCACCCAUCCUGAUAAGCAAUAUUGAAGUGCCUUGAAAUAACAGAAUUCUGGUUGACUUUCACGUGCUGUGCUUCUCCCCUCCCCGCCCUGGUGCCUGUGGAGCAUAUUGUAAAUAUUGUGUAACCUUCUCUUUCCUUUUUUCCUCCCUAGGCCCAAGCAGAUCUGUCUCGUGUAACCCUCCCCAUCUAGAAGCAAAGCUUGCUUUAGGGCAGGUGGUUCAUUACAAGGACCCUUAUUCACACAACUGAAGCACUCUUAGGCCAAAUCAAAGAUGUUGCCGCUCUGCCAGCAGCUGCAAAUUUGAAGCAGGAAAGCGCUUGAGAUUCAGUAUAUUUUUGGCACUGUAUUGUCAUUUUGGUUCCUUCCAUUGUUUCUGUUUUGGCUUUGAAGGGAAAGGCUAACAUAGUGGCAUGGACUCACUAGAGAGAUUCCCCCGAAAGAAUCAUCUGUGCAUGUCCUUCUCCAUCCAAAAUCUGAUUCUUGGCAAGAAGAUUUUGACUGGCUUUUCCAAUUAGUUCUCAACUAGGCUUGGUUGGAUUUGGGUCCUAGCGAAGUGUGCCAUUUGCAAUUCGGUUUUCAGUCUUGGGAAAUCUAGCAUAACAGCCCCACUCCUGGCUGGCAAGUUCAUUGCAGCGCAAAGGAUUACAAACCAGUAGCUGUUAGUCACGGUGGUGAAAAACUACAUUAAGAAGUCACAUUUCAGCAAGUUUAGUUCUGUAUUGUACAGCACCUCAUGCAUAGGCGCUUUCCCCGGUACUUUCUUUUACAGCAAACUCCUGGCAAUUUUAUUUUUAUGGCUGAAGCCUACUGCCAUGCAGUAGUUCCCUGCCAGCCAGCCCCGCUCCGCCCAAAAUGGGAAAAUAUUCUAGAGACUUUUAACGGAAGGGCCAUAGCUCAGUGAGGAAGUACAUUUCCAAUCUGUGCUACAGAAAACCCUGCCUUUGGAGGAAAUCUACAUUGGGAAUACCAAUUAUGGCAGGCAAGUUUCCCACAUGAACUAAGGCUAUGCCCAGAGCCCAUCCAGAAUCGUUGACACGAUUCGUCUGGCAUUGCAUGGAUUAUUAUGCAACGUGGGAGCCCCAAAGGUGGAGACAGCAGCUCACGCUACUUAGUAAGCCACAUCGCACUACUGAGAAUAAUUCCAGUUUGCCAACAAAGUUUGGACAGUUGUGGAAGGCGUCCAGUAGGGGAGAAUGAACACCAACCACUGCCUUCAUGGCCCUUUCUUUCCAAGAUGGUGAAAUUCACCUAAAAGGAAAGCUUUCUCAGGUGCUGUUUUUCUGAGCAAAUGUAUUUUUUUUUCUCACCCCUGUAAAGGGGGGGGGAAUGUAGCCCUCUUUGCAAAUGCUUUUGGGAGAAAUAGAGCUGUGUAUAUCUGGCCUCUUGAAAUUCUUCACAGCUCUACUUUUGCAAAAGGCAUUUGCAGAGAGGGCUUCAUUUGCUUCCAAAUUCUCUGUUCAUUUCCACAAGCGACUCCUUGUAUGCGUAGACAACUUUUAAUAACAUGCAUGAGGUGGAGCACUUAGCAGUCCCAGUGAGAGAGGGCAGAGCAGCUUUGGGUUCUGAGUUUGUGGAAAUGAGCUGAUCCUAUGAAUGCUUUAUCAAAAGUAAGUGCCACUGACUUCAAUGUGACUCGGCCCAGAGCCGGCCCUACCAUUAGACAGAGUGUGGCAACUACCUUGGGCAGCGGAAGCUGGGAGACGGAGAGCAGCAGCAGCAGCAGCAAGUUUUGUGUACCAUGCAACCUGACCUGUGUCUCCAAAGCUGCCCUCAGGUGAGGCUGGACUAGAUGACCCUUCCAACUCUUUGAUUCUAUGAGAGGGUGCCACCCCAUUGCCAGUGUUGAAGUAAGAUGCAGCUGACUGGGCAACUUCCGUGCUUGGAAAGGUUGGGAGGUGCACCACCUUGUCCUUCCCACACCACACAUUGUAUUGAGCCAGGACUGGACUUGCUCCCAAGGAAGUGUGCAUUGGACUGUAGUUUUUAAUCACAGCACCAAAGGGGGACGGAUUCCACACCCAGAGCCCUUCACAUAAUGUUUGGUAUUAUUUGUCAACUGUCGUAUUGACCCACGUUUCCAAAGCAUGCUGGCAUUGACUUGCAAAUCAAUUUAUCUCAGAGGAGGAACACUAACCUGCAGCCCUGAAAGAUCAAACUAACUUGCCUUCUUGCAGGUAGGCAGCUGACUUAACGGGGCUCCACAUAAGGGGUGUGAGGACAUCAGGAAGAAUGUGGGAAAUUUAGUACCUCUUUGGUUCUAUGCACCAUAGUUAGACCCCUAUUUACUGACACCUCCUUAGAUGAGGUGCAGAUUGGCCCAGCUCUUCCUGUGUUUGCCUGGGCUGAGGCCUGGAAGAGCCCGUUUCUGCAAACACCUCAAAGGCCUUGCUACCUGGCCAGCAAUAAGAGUUAGAAAUUUCUAAAUUUGAGGUUGAUAAUUUUGAUAAACUGUAGUUAAAACACAACCGUUGGAUAUUUUUAAAAGACAAAUUAAUCAGUACACAGCUCCUGAAGAAGAACUGACUGAGUAAACUUCCCAGACGAACAGUUGCAGGACAAAGGUACUUUUAACCUCAAUUCCAGUUACAUUUUGACCAUACAUCUUCGUUAAAAGCCACUCCCUACCUUUAGAUCGAAGGAGCUCCAAAAUAAGAAAGGCAGUCCUUUUCUGUGUGUGGCUGUUGAGAGAAAAAUAUGCAAUAGAUGCCCUUCAAAAAUAUGCAAUAGAUGCCCUUGCGAUUUAAAAGGAUUCCCCUGCUUUUUUUGUGCAGACUUCUGAAAGAAAAACUGAACAGCAAAGAAAUCUCACCCUUAGCUUAAGUGUUAAUCAAAUCAGAUAAAGGAAAGAGAAAAAAAGUAUUAGAAUAACAUCACGGAGAGCUGCUUCUUUUCAAAAUGUAUUCUCUACCAGCAUUGCAGCAAUCAGAGGUCACCGCAGUUCUGUCUCUCGUGCUCCAUUUCAAAAGCCCCCAAUACUGUCAAAUUUUGGCAGUUCAGAGUUGGGGAAAUCCUUAGGAAAACACCCAAGGAAGUUGUUUUGUUUCAGAGUCUUGGGCUGCAGUUGAGAACCUUUCUGAGCACUAGGGGGUGAUGGCAGGUGGAAUGGUGUUCACACCUCCUUGAUGAUGUCCACGACCACUUAGAUGCCCAAGACCACUGUUGAAGCCGGUUAGCUGAUGCCACACCGCUGCUCAAAACUAAAAUAUUUCUGUACUCCCUUGCUUUCCAAGAAAUGCAUUGGAUGAUGUGAGACUCUGCCUGGAGCAGAAUCACCUUGAGUUCAGAUACUUUAUGAGCAAAUGCAAGAAAUUGUCAACAUCAGCAAUGCAUGCUUUUAUUCUUAUUAUUAUUGGGACCUAAAAUUUCCAAUUUGGCCUCCUCAUCCUAUUUGAAGACAGGUAGGUAGCCGUGUUGGUCUGGGUCGAAGUAAAAUAAAAAAAUUCUUUCAGUAGCACCUUAAAGACCAACUAAGUUUUUAUUUUGGUAUGAGCUUUCGUGUGCAUGCACACUUCUUCAGAUACAUUUUAAAAAGAAGCAGCUAUUUGAAGACAAUGAGGGAGGCUUCUUAAGAUGGGAGGCUGCUAGGUGCCACUGCCAACCAUACUGGGUUGAAUCGGAUGGGUGCCCUGCCCUGUAGGUGUCCCCAGCUCAAAGAAUGCUUCCUGGAGCAAGAAGAACCUUUCUAGCCCUGGAGCAAGAAAGGCAAAGCAGUGAGGAACCAGCUUCGUACACAAGCAGGGGGCUCGGGAACUGCUAUGGACACUAUCACAGCACUUGCUUAAACAGACCAGGUUUGUGGACCAGCGCUAGCUGCUCUCCCUCCUCCUGUGCACAGCUCUAUGCAUCCAACCCCUUGUAUUCUGGGUAGUGCUAAAUGCAUCCCAGGCCAGCUACAUUGUGAACACUGUCCAGGCCUGUACAAGGAGAACAGCUCUCCUGUCGGUCUCCUGUGGACUAGAACUUCCUGUGGGUUGCAUCCAGGAGGUCUUCUCUCUCCAAGGUUAGUUAUGAGAGGAGCAGCAGCCUUACACCAAUGGACAAGGCUACCUCCAUUUCCUCCACAGGACUAGCAGAUUGCUGGUGCCUUAUGUUUCAGGCGCCACUAAGCACUUAAUUAUAUCGCGUGGAAACAAUCCGUUGAAAUAAAGUAGUGGAGUGAUGUUUUUAAGCCACACACCCAGUUGUUGGGACUUUUUAAGAAAUUAGGUUCUUUAUAACUCAGUUGUACGUUGCUGGGACUUUUUAAUGCCAUUAACUUGCUGGUGCAUUGAUCUAGUAGCCGUUUGCCACCGUUUGUAGUGAAACCAAAAUUCCUCCCAUCUUGUGCAGAAUGCCAAAUAUUUUAGUUGCCACUUUACAUGUUUGCUUCCGUUUUCUGAGGUGUUCUCGCUUUCCACGUUAAGCAAUCCCUCUGCGCAAAAGUCAGCCUCGGAAGGGGUGACAUGCGAAGAUCUGCUCCUCAUUGCAUGUUUGCUUUCCUUCCUUGUCCUUUCUCUAAUGAGAAGGUGGAGGCUGCAACUUUAAGUAAGCUCCACUCCCAGGUCUAUAUAAUCCUAUGUGCCCAAAGGCUGUUGUGGAAUACUUACCUGGGAGUAAGUCCCACUGGACCCAGGAGUGCUGGCUUCUGAGCAGGAAUACAUAGGGUGCCGCCAGUCUGAUCCAAUGAGUCACUUCUUUUGGUGACCUGUGAUCUGAAUGCCUAGUCUAGCACUCCACUGAAGAAGAAUCCCAAGGCUCUCCGUGAGCCCAACAACUCCUAUUGCAGCCCACUCUAAAGAUUAUUUAAUUGUGGACCUUCGCAUCUUAGAAAAGUAUAACACAAGCACACUUAAAAGUGGCUAGCACCCGGGGCUGAAAUUGUUGAAGUAAUAAGUUUCAUAAUGAAGAAAUUAAUUAGUUUAAUUAAUUUAAAAGCUACACACGCCCCCAAAAUCAAUUUUUUAGUCUGGAAGGGAAGCCUGUACUCCUGGAUCUGCUACAAACUGAGUACCAUGCAGUUCACAGACUUCACAACUGCAUACAUGAGGGCUCCAUGUGCUCAAGGGCAUCUUUCAUUUAUGUAUUAAGAUUUCCAAAAAGGACCUUGAUAAGCAUGCAUGGAAGCCAGCAGCGAGAGCACAUACGCUUCAAAUAGUUUUCAAAGCAAUAGCCUGUCUUACUUUAGUCAACAGUCAUUACCGAAAUACUGAAGUCAUCCUGUUUUAAUUGGAAAUUAAUUGGUUAAAUUCAGAAAUAUUCAUUUACUUAAACCCCUUAAUCAGUUUGCUAUCCUUGUUACUCCAGUGAAAACAUAAUAUAUUUAGUUGCAUGGAUCAUUUCUGAUUGCAUAUAGAAUGAGUUGCCUAACUCCUGUCAUUCUUGCAGGGUUCAACCAUUUACUUACCUUUUAAAAAACAAGAUUCAUUAUACAACCUACUUCCUCAAACAACUCCAAAUGAACAUGGCUGGGAUCAACGCAACUUACCCAAAAUGUAGGUCUUUGAACAGCCUUGAAUGGCCAGCAGUUAAACCUGGGCAUGCACAAACUGUUCCACGUCUUGGGCACACAACGCUUAAGCCUGAAUAAGAGUCUUCAAUGGAUUGGAAAACAUGCAGUGCUUUUUAUCAAGCAAGAGAGGGUUUUGCGCAAACUGCAUAGCAAAAUCGGGAUAUAAAUGUGAAGAACAGGGCAUAUAUCUUUGGUAAUGGCCAGCCCACUUCCUAUCAGGACUGCCCAUCUUCAUUUUCCACUCUUAUGAAACUGCUGAAAUAAACACAAGCGCUUGGGGGCACCUUGAAUUUGCAGUGUGGUUGCAUGCAUUUUCUUAUAUGAGCAUGUGAAGUUGCCUGCAGCCUGCCAGCCACUUGUGCCACCAUCUUUUAAGGCAGUGUUUCUCAACCAGUGUGCCUCCAGAUGUUUUGGGACUACAACUCCCAUCAUCCCUAGCUAGCUAGCAAGACCAGUGGUCAGGAAU